AUGGCAACCUGAGCAAAUUUAGGAUUACAAAAUAGUUCUUCUCCAUUAAUAGAACAAUUAAAUUUUUUUCAUGAUCAUACAGUUUUAAUUUUAAUUAUAAUUACAGUAAUAAUUACUUAUGUAAUAGGUAUAUUAUUUUUCAAUAAAUUUACAAAUCGAUAUUUAUUACAUGGACAAACUAUUGAAAUCAUUUGAACAAUUCUUCCUACAAUUAUUUUAAUAUUUAUUGCUUUUCCAUCACUUCGGUUAUUAUAUUUAUUAGAUGAAAUUAAUUCUCCUUUAAUUACUUUAAAGGCUAUUGGACAUCAAUGAUACUGAAGUUAUGAAUAUUCUAAUUUUAUAAAUUUAGAAUUUGAUUCAUAUAUAAUUCCAACAAAUGAAUUAGAUUUAAAUGGAUUCCGAUUAUUAGAUGUUGAUAAUCGAAUUAUUUUACCAUUAAAUAAUCAAAUUCGAAUUUUAGUAACUGCUACUGAUGUUCUUCACUCAUGAACAGUUCCUUCUUUAGGAGUAAAAAUUGAUGCUACUCCAGGCCGAUUAAAUCAAACUAAUUUUCUAAUUAAUCAAUCUGGUCUUUUUUUUGGGCAAUGUUCUGAAAUCUGUGGAGCUAAUCAUAGUUUUAUACCUAUUGUUAUUGAAAGAAUUCCAAUAAAUUAUUUUAUUAAAUGAGUUUCUUCUCAAUUAAAUU